UUUCGAUAUGCUGUCCCGCCCGAACCCCAAGUCUACCCGGAUUGUUUUUGAACCAUCCGUCAGAGAUGCUAUGAGUUGAGUUGAGUUGAUAGUAACAGCGGAUGUGCCAGAUCCAACAGUUGGAAGACCUGUCCACCUGACUCGGCUUCUCGUUUCUUCGGUCACACGGCUUUCCCUCCUCGAAUCCAAAUACACCUGGGUAACGUUGCCAGCCCAUCCCCGACGGCUUCCUGUCUCUGCAGGCUAAAAAGUGCAUGCUUGUACGAAUACUUCUGCCAUCGUGGCUGUGCUGCUGCCAUAUCCCCACGCAACGCAGGACAGCCUGAUCGUAGCACACCGUUUGCUAAUUGCACACUGAGGUCCUACAUUCUGUUUGGGUCCAGUAUACUCAUUUAUACAAGUCUUGUACGUUGAAACGACCACUCCUGGACACGAGACAUUGCCCUCGAGACCGGUCAAGCUAACACUGGCUCAACUCCUCGCCCGUGAUUUCGCCGUUUCCGGGCCAUAAGCUGAAGGAGGUGAUUUGAUCUUUCACCCUUCUACAGGCCGAAGACAAGGCUGGAGCGGUUCAUGGUCAGCACCAAGCCCGCUACCUGUGCCCCAAGAAAUGCCAACCACCUCCCCUCCCUGCCCACCAAUCAUCGAAGAACUGUCUUCCACCCCUCAAGAAGAACCAGUAGGAGCUUCCCAGCCGUGUCAGUCAUCCUCUCAGAGCCUGCCGAGCCGGGCUUAGAUCGGGGGGCCCGAAGAAGACUUGCAUACAACCAUCCCCUCCUCUGCUUCUACCACCCUCCCCUCCGUAUUCUUGAUUGCCUCUUCUUUCUCGAAGUCUUACAGGCCGGAACGGCCUUGCACACCACACAAACGGUAAUGAAUUGGAUGGCACCUUCCAGUGGCAACAAUCUUAUCAGAACCGCUCCCGUCUUGGUGGCUCCCCUUCAUAGGGCCACUCAUUGCCACCGUACCGAUUCGUCCGUCCGGGCACACGGCGAGAGCGACGCUGCGGGGUUUGAUCCAUAUGCGUGCUGUUCAUCUCACUGUUUUUUGUUUAAUCUUCCACUACCCUUCAUAGAACCAUCCCAGGCGCGCUAUUGCCGUGUUCUUCGGGUCUCGGGCACAGGCUCACUUGAUCAAUCUCAAGAUAUCCUUGACAGGGCUGCCCAUCGCUUUGCAGGCCACUCGUCAGCCUCCGCCCGCUCUUCUGCUUAUUCUCUUCUGCUGCGCUGCCUCCCAAAAGACUUCGCCACCGCUUCUGGGAGCACUGUGCUGCCUUCCAAAUAAGCACGCCGACUGGCCACUAUGUGCUGAGACAGCUGCCGGCGACGUGAUAUUUACCCCCCAGCGCCUCACCAAGCCAGUGACUUGACGAAGCUGUCGAAAGAUGGUUUUCUUGCGUUGUGCCUGGCUUGUAGCCUUUGUCGGUCUCGUGGCCGGGCAAUACGAUGGAUGGGACCUCGAGAAAGGCCAAGUCAGCUCGGAGAUGUGCUUUUGGUACUCACCAAGAGCUGCUGUUAUUCGCGACACUCUAUGGCUUGACGGCGGCAGACUCUACUGGACUCCAACGUACCGAGAUGGAAGUGAGGGGCCCCCGGAAACCCUGGAUAACCCUUUGGGUUUGAUGUACUCGUUGAACUUCAGCAAGCCCUUUGACAAAACCACAAACAUCACCACGCUGAUCGCCACCAAGUCCAAGGCUUUGGGAGGCGUCGGCAACGCCAACAGCUUCGCACCAAACACCAUCGACGGCGCGCUGCUUCACAACGACGCUGAGUUCUUCUUGUACGGGGGAGUCCUUCCCAAGCGGACGGAUGCUUUCGAUCCUCCGCCCGGCGAUAAGGUGAUGGCGUUACGUCUCCACGCAUACGGCCCUGAAAAGCCUAGUUUUCAGAAUGGCAGCGGCGACAAUUAUGAUCUCGGGGACGACGUGACGCGGUACGUUGCCCAUGGAGGAGCUGCCAGCGCUCCCUCCGAGAACAAGGCCUGGUAUGUAGGCGGCAUGCGCUCGCCUCUCUGGGGCGAGAUGUACAUGAGCAACCCGAACCGCUCGCUGAACGCCGUCAACGCCUCAAACACCCUGAUCACUCUCGACAUGUCCGAACAGCUAUUCGAAAAGUUCUCGAACCAGUCGUUGCCAAGCAUCAUCCGUGCAAGAGCAAACCCCGAGGUCGUUUGGGUUCCUAUCGGGGCCCAAGGUAUUCUCGUCGUUCUGGGAGGUGUAACCUACCCCGAGUAUGUCAACUUGAGUCACAAAUCUGAAGACGCCGCCAAGAGCCAACAAGAGAGUCCCGCGUUCAUGGAGACCAUAGACAUCUAUGACGUAGCCGGCAACAAGUGGUACCAGCAGAAGACCGAGGGGAUCAAACCCCCGGCCCUUGCCCGAGGCUGUGCUGUCCUGGCGCCGGCACAGGACUACUCGAGCUUUAGCAUCUACUACUAUGGCGGAUACGACGGAAUCAGUGCCCAAGAAGACUUUAGCGAUGAUGUCUGGGUUCUCUCCAUCCCAUCCUUCCAGUGGACCAAGGUCUAUGAGGGUAGAGCUCUCCACGCGCGCGCCGGCCAUCGGUGCGUGAUGCCUUAUCCUGACCAGAUGAUGGUCGUAGGCGGCUACACGGCCAUGCCCGGGAGAGGGAAUCCGCCCUGCCUCGAGGGAGGAAUCAUUCAAGUGUUCAAUCUCUCGAGCGCAGAGUGGCUUGAUGGAUACAGUCCGAGCAAAUGGUCCAACUACACCAUACCGACCGCCGUCGUCAGCAAGAUUGGAGGCGACGCAAAGGGAUCAGCAACAAAGAAACAACCCGAGGGAUCCGGAUGGGCUGAUCCAAGUCUGGCAGCCAUCUUCGCGACGCCGUAUGAGACUUCAAAGAUCCAAACGUGGUAUCCCUACACCGAGUCGAAGGAAACUACCCGGCCCACCAUCCCGGACGGCGGAAACGGAGGCGGAGGCGGCGGCGGCGGUGGGACACCGAAGUGGGUUGCCCCCGUUCUCGGCGUCGUCCUCGGUCUCGUCUUCAUCACCGCCAUCCUCGUCGGCUUCUGCCUCUGGCGCCGCCGCAGGGUCCUCCGUCGCGGAAACGGGACCGCAACCCAGACGGAGGAUAACGGCUCGCGCAUCAUCUCCUGGAUCAGGGGCCAGCCAAGCGAGCCGGCCAAGGCGCCUACUGUCACAACCGAGGAGACGCUUUCUAAUCAGGACAUGGCCGAGGUCCGCACGCCGCCUCCGGCGCCCGCGGCGUCGCCCGCACCGCGGCAUUUUGUCCACGAAGUGGCCGAUACCCAAAUCAUCGCCGAGCUUCCAGACACAUCGCCGCGCCCGGAGCUUCACGGGGUCGGCCUGACGCCCAUCGAAAUCAUCAACAAGCACACCCACUUCGGCACCGGGCAAGGCUCCAACGUCCCCAACCAAUCGUCCUACUACGCCUCCGUCUCCAGCAAUGAGAACGCGUCCACCCUCUCCCGCUCCUCCGGCGUCCUCGGCUACCAAACCCGCGCCCAGUCGCCCGACCCGGGACCCCCAUCGCCACCGAUCGGCACGGCCGUCGUGCCCGCGCCCGCGGGGGGCCGCGUCGGCUCCGACGUCUCCGGCCUCAGCGACCGCGACGCGAAGCAUCUGAGGAGUCUCAGCGAGGCGACGGUGAGCUCGGCAUCGUCGGGCGGCGAACAGGGCGGUGCUGGCGGUGGGCCGACGGCGAGGGAGCAGCAGCAACAGCCGCGCGGCGUCCCGACCACGGUGCCCGAGACGCCGACGCCCGGUCACCCGAGCCCGUUGAGCCCGCCGACGGGGGCGUCGGACGGGGAGGACUACAUCAGCGCGAGGAUGCUGCCUGUGAGCCCGGCGGGUACGGCGACGAUGAGAAGGAGCAUGUUCCACGAGAGCGAGGAUGAUCUUGGAUCGAGGAGGUGA